AGCACUUCCGGUGUGGCUAUUUUCCCCCUUCGCGGACUCAAUGGCGGCGUCGCGUGUCGUGUUCAUGGCGGCGUGGUUGGGGGCAACGGCCGCCGCCGAAGCUGCUGCUGCCGCCGCCGCCAACGGCACGGCCUCGGUGGCGCCUGUGACGGUUCCGCCGGGGCGCGGAGGCCACAGCCAGGGGAUCGCAUCGGGUCCUUCCACCGUAGCCACCCCGUCCGGGUCCUCGCCGCCUUCGGGCCUCUUCGGGCUGGGGCUGCCGGCCCUGCAGCGCGCCUUCUAUGUCUUCUUGGCUCUCGCCGCCCUGGCCCUCCUCUAUUACCUCGGCGGCCGAGUGUGGCGCACAAGGAAGCCUGCAAGGAAAAAAUACGGUCUACUGUCUAACUCUGAAGAUAAUGUAGAGAUGGCUUCACUGGAGAGCGAUGAAGACACGCUGUUUGAAACAAGGAAUCUGAGGCGAUGAUGAUGGGAACCCGCGGCUUGACAGCCUGCGCUCGACCAGAGGAAGUGCAGAUCUGCCAUCAAAAAGCUCCGCCUUCCUCCAUUUCCUGAUUUUUUAAAAAAUAAAACUUUUCCAAGCUGCUCGGGAUGCCGCCAAGCGAUGCAGAGCAUCUUUUCCUGCUGAAGCGGCCGAAGAGGAAUGCUGGCGCCCCCUGUUGCCUCUUGACGGACGUGAUAAAUGCAACCCAAGGGAAAGAGAACUGCUGAGAACCUGGGAGAGGAAGGGUGGGUCUUCAUGGCCUUCAAGCAGUGAUAAAGCAAAGGGUAAAGUGGGGAGGCUCUUGUCUCCGGGUUCCAGUUUGCAUUAGCUUAUCCCCUUGAUUGCCAAGAGGUGCCAUCCAUUUUAGCUUUAGGACCAGCCAUGAUACUUGCACCUGUCCCCGUUAUGCAGGCCUGCGAGUUCAGACGAGCUAUGACCAAAGUGGAGUCAGUUUGCCUGCAUCCCAACAGCUGUUGUCAGUUUGGGAAGUCACAGACAGUAAAGAGAAGUACUGGGUUGUACCCAGAACCCCAUGCCGGUUUGCUCUUUUGGGCCUUGGGACGGUACCUGGAACGGCCAUGUCCUUCAAAGAGACUGGGUUGUGGGAAGCAGGGCUGCUUAAAAACUUGUCGAUGCCUGGGACUUUUGCAGUUUUGGGCUGGGAGGGUUGAGUGUGCUGCUAUAAGAUAGCAUGGAGCUAGCCGGAUAUGCCCAAGAACUUGCUGGCUACAAAACAGGAGAUGAAAAGGCCACAAUGGGUGCCUGGCAAUUGAAGAAAUGUGUUUACAAAUAGCAGGUGCUAAUUGUGACAUGACUGUCUAGUAAAAUGAGAGGCUGAUGCGGUACAUUUCCACCCACAUCGCACAGCAGAGUUCUGUGAUUCCAGAUUGGCCAGUCUAAGGUAGCUUCAGUCCAAAUCGACUCAUUGCAGCAAAUGUGUAGCCGGUCUCUUCUCUCCCUCUUCUCCCAUGAAGGACUGUAAAUUAUCCUCAGAUGUGAACCUGCUGGGAAUUAGUUAGAAUGCUAAACCUUUUCUCGGCAGCAAUUCCAACUCUUCCUGUUUUGUGACAUGAUAUGUAGCAAGCCUUCCGAUUGCA